GUGUAAGAAUAACAGGAUUCUUUGCCUCCCUUUCAACUUUUUGCUAGGUGCUUCUUUCCUGGAGAAAGGAACUGUACUUCCUUUUCUUUCCUGGCGUUCGGAACGCGAAAAUGAGUGGCGAAAGCAUUUACGGCCUCUAUGCUAAAAGCGCAGCUGCUGAGAAGCAGCCGGAGCAAACAGCGUCGCCAUACACUGGAAAGUACGAAAAGCACCUGGGGGAGCCGACUAAGCCGGUUUACUCCACUUUCUUCGAAAAAGGCAAAGAAUACGAUGGCACUAAUGUCCGCUUUUUCAAGCAGCGUGAGGCUGUAAUUGGCAAAAACGUCGGUGACUCGGUUGCUCCGCAAAACUACUUGAAGAAGGGCGGCGGUGUUCACUAUGUUGUUCCGCCGGUGCACGAGGAAAAGCUGUACUGCAAACCUCCUCUGGACGAGAAUUUUCGCCAGGCUGCAAGUGGUGACGGGGCUGACGGCAGCAAAAAAGAUGGAGAAGGUGGAGACUUCGACGAAAACGGCAUGCCGCGUUCAGGAGGCUACGGUUCUCGUCCAAAUGAAGGCACCGGCUCCCGCCCAAACAACGGUUUCGGUUCUCCUCCGACCGAUGCCGGCGGCUCUCGUCCCACCGGAGCGGAUGGUGAGGGUUUGGACCGCGGCGAAGGCAUGCAGCAAUAUGGUGGAGUAGAGUACGACGAGAAUGGAAAUCCCUUGAACAGGCAACAGGGAGUCGGCAGCGCCGACGCAAACGACGGUUACGGGGCUUCUCGUGACGCCACAAAAAACUUUGUCGCCUCGAACAUCGUAGAAGUCAGCAACUUGGUCCCCAAGCGCCGGAAGCAGCAGGCGCCGCUUGCUACGAGCCGAAAAAGUUUUGGUCAGAAUCCCGCCUAUUUAUCACGUGUGAAAGGAGAAGUUGCGCAAGAGAAGGCGUUUGUCCAGUCGCUUGAGGAAACAAAACUGAAGCGUCAGCAACAGGCUUACUCCAAGUUUGUUUAUCUGCUGUCUCGCGAAGAACACGAAAAGUUAGUGGCUGAUCUCAAAGCGCGCCACGACGAGUGCAUGUCGGAGAUGCAAAAGAUGCCUUUUUCUAAGGACACGCCUUCGAUGCGGAAGAGGAGAACUGAGUUGGAGCGCACCAUCGCUGAUAUUGAGGCUGCUCUCAAGAAGCUGGAUAAAGAUGCCCUGUUUAUCUACAAAGAUGAUCCUGUAAACGGUCAAUGGGCAAAGGAGGCGGCUUUAAAGGAGGCUCAAAAAUACGCCGCGGAAUUACUAUGA